UGAAGUAGUGACUGUAGUACUGACUGUAGUAGUGACUGAAGUACUGACUGUAGUAGUGACUGAAGUACUGACUGAAGUCCUCAGAUGGAUACAGCAGCGCCCUCCUCUGGUCUCUCUUUGGUGUCAGUGUUGUCCCUGUUAGCAUGUAGCUUCCAAGUGAUAGCCGCCGCCCUGCUAACACACAGGUACGGUGGGCGGAGCUCUGUGACGAACAGAUGGAUCCUGCUGUGGCUCUUCUAUGAUGUCAUUGUCCACCUGACUCUGGAAGGACCAUUUGUUUACAUGUCUCUUGUUGGGACGGUGCAGACAUCUAAAGGUUUUCUUGCUGAACUUUGGAAAGAGUAUGGUAAAGCCGACAGUCGCUGGUUAUUUUCAGACUCGAACAUCGUUUCCAUAGAGAUUCUGACUGUUGUCCUUGACUCUGUCCUCGCUGUUCUGCUCAUCCACGCAGUACUCAGACAAAAGUACUACAGACAUUUCCUGCAGGUGAGCCUGUGUGUGUGUGAGCUGUAUGGAGGUUGGAUGACCUUCUGUCCUCAGUGGCUGACAGGAAGUCCUCACCUGGACACGACUCAUUGGCUCCACCUAUGGGUUUACCUGGUCUUCUUUAACGGGGUCUGGGUGCUGGUUCCGGUUCUGCUGCUGGUGCAGUCCUGGUUUAGUCUCAAGACUCUGCACAAUGAUGUCAUCACCAAAAACAAAUGAUCAGCACUUAUUGAUUAUUGAUUACUGAAC